UUCGACUGUCUCAACAGAUAAAUGAUUUGAUGAUUGCAAGCCACUUUACGAUGCUCGGUUCAUGCUUAACUCGCGGGUCUUCAAGUCUAACGAGACUGGGCUCAUCGACUAUCUCUCAACAUACUAAUACUUUCUUUGCGCACAUUCCCUCGGACACGAAGUAUAUCUCCUCCACCGCGUGUAGAUUAGCAGCUACUAAUACCAAGGACGAAGCCUCAUCGAAUACACAAACAUCCAAGGAAAACACACCUGCAGCUAACAAGCCCUCCACCGAGACCAGGUCGAAGAGCGUCUCGCAGGCAGACCAAGAGCUUCGGGAGCGCCUCGAGCAGAUGUCGGGAGGCGGUGGCGCUUCCGGGAUUGAGUACGAGGAUGGCAAGCCCACGGCUAUGAAGCGCAGCGUGCGCAACAACAUGUUUCGCUAUAUCUGAGAGAGAAGAGGGCUGGGCGCAGUACGUUGCUCUUGUGGUUCAGGCUUGAUGAUAGAGCCUGAAGCGCGCAUGCUGGGCCAGAAUACCUUUCCCUUUGUGGUAACUAGAGGAUACAGUCCUGACUCCUGAUGACUUCAUUUACCCAAAACACAACCUGAUAACGAGAAGAUGAC